AUGUUUUCUAUACGUCCGAUCCGUCCCUCUUUUUCGUCGUCUUUCCGUCGUCCGAUUACCCGUUACUUUUCUUCUAAAGCCGAGUAUGAAAACAUUCGCACGGAAGUUCGGGGGAAAGUCGCCAUCAUUACGUUACACCGUCCCAAAGCACUUAAUGCUUUAUGCAGUCCCCUUAUUGAAGAACUCAAUGGUGCAGCUCAUGCCUUUGAUGCUGAUCGCAAUAUUGGUGCCAUUGUUAUCACUGGUAGUGACAAGGCGUUUGCAGCUGGUGCGGACAUUAAAGAAAUGGCAUCCAAGAGUUUUGUGGACGUCUACAGCAGCAAUAUGUUUUCUAAUUGGGGAGACAUUACUCAGAUAUCCAAGCCUGUGAUUGCUGCUGUUAAUGGCUACGCACUUGGUGGUGGCUGUGAGCUCGCCAUGCUCUGUGACCUCAUUAUCGCCGGAGACUCGGCCAAGUUCGGCCAGCCAGAGAUCACCCUGGGCACGAUUCCAGGCUGCGGUGGCACCCAAAGACUGAUACGGGCUGUCGGCAAGGCUAAAGCCAUGGAGAUGAUUCUCACGGGCAAUAUGAUUGACGCUCAGCAGGCUGAACGCGACGGCCUCGUGGCCCGUGUCGUGCCGGCCGAUCAGCUGCUAGACGAGGCACUGAAGACGGCCAACAAAAUUGCCAAUUUCUCACAGCCGGUGGUCAAGAUGGCCAAGGAGGCCGUGAACGCCGCCUAUGAGCAAUCCCUGCAAGAAGGACUCAAGUACGAGAGCCGUCUCUUUUGGAGCUCGUUUGCCACGAAGGACCAGAAGGAGGGCAUGGCCGCCUUCGUGGAGAAGCGUAAGGCUGACUUCAAUAACGAGUAA